GGCGGCGGGGCGGGGCUGGCAGCAGGCUGCGUUGCGCCGCGGCGCUGCUGGCUGAGGCGGCGGCUCCGCUCCUCCGCCCCUCCGCGCCCCGGCCCCGCCGGCACCGGAUUGCUGCUCCUGGGCCGAGGCAGAGCUCAGCUGCCUGCACUGGAGGAGGUGCUGGGAAGACUCUGACCAAGGAUUCUCGCGGCCAGGAGCCCAUGGCCAAGGAUGUCAACCACUAACAACACCGCCCAGGCCCGCAAGCUGGUGGAGCAGCUGCGCAUCGAGGCUGGCAUCGAGCGCAUCAAGGUCUCCAAGGCCUCCUCGGAGCUGAUGAGUUACUGCGAGCAGCAUGCCCGGAGCGACCCCCUGCUGGUUGGGGUCCCUGCCUCUGAGAACCCCUUCAAGGACAAAAAGCCUUGCACCAUCCUAUAGCUGCCCUGCGCCCCCCGCGGCGCCCCCCGCCCCUGCAGCCCCCCAGCUCCCCGCCCCCGCCCCCCCGGGAGAAGCCCCGACCGAUAAUUAAUCAUCAUCAAGAGUUAAUCGGGGGUGGGGGGAGGGGGAGGGAAGCCCCAGAGUGGUCCCCAGGCCUGAGGGAGGAAAUUCCAAUUCCCUCGGUGGAGUUCAAGGGUUGGAGCCCAAAACCCGAAGUGAGGGGGGGGGAGGUUGGGGGUGAGGAGUGAG